UCGACGCACCCAGUUGCCGGAAGCGCAUGGCGGCGCCCACUGGGGGAGCGGUGUAGUUGAUGAACCCGUACGGUGGCGGUUUCCUUCCGCCAUAGCCAUGGCUGCCGGGAGAGUGGCUAGGACCAGGCUAAACGGGCUCUUCGCUGUGUACAAACCCCCCGGGGUGACUUGGAUCAGGGUGCGGGACACUCUGGAGACCCUGCUCCUGAAAGAAUUGAACUCUCUGGAACAGCCAACUGUGCCGCAGCAAGUACGCUUCCUGCCAACCACUGUAGAAAGAAAUGCUGGGAAAGAGCUGACCCUCACUGUUACCCAGGUGCCUGUCCUGGCUGCCCAUCCACUAGUUAAAGGACCAGAGUUCACUCACUUGAAAAUCGGAGCAGGUCACCGUCUGGAUACAAAGUCAUCUGGAGUGUUUGUGCUUGGAGUGGGCCAUGGGAACAAGCUGCUCACUGAUAUGUACAAUGCCCAUCUUACUAGGGCUUAUACUGUUCGUGGACUGUUUGGCAAAGCCACAGAUGACUUCUCAGACACAGGCAGGCUAAUAGAGAAGACCACAUUUGAUCAUAUCACAGGGGACAAGCUGGAGCGGAUUCUUGCUGUCAUUCAGGGAACCAAUCAUAAAGCUCUGCUUACGUACUCUAACAUUGACCUGAAAACUCAAGAGGCCUACGAGCUGGCUGUUGAAGGUUUAAUUCGCCCAAUGGAAAAAACCCCUCCAUUAAUCACAGCAAUUCGAUGCCUCCAGUUUGCACCUCCAGAAUUCCAGCUAGAAAUCCAGUGUUUGCAUGAGACCCAGCAGUACCUCCGAAAGAUAGUUCACGAGAUUGGCUUGGAGCUGAAAUCAACUGCUGUGUGCACCCAGGUGCGGCGGAUACGGGAUGGCUUUUUCACACUAGACAAUGCUCUCCCGCGAACGCAUUGGAACCUGCAGAAUAUCCGGAAUUCAAUUAAAGACUCUAAGAUCAAAGUGAAAGUGGGGCUUCAGAGAAGCUUGAGCCACCAAGCUAGGAGUGGUAAAAGACAUACCGAUAUGGAUCAGGUUGCAGAGAGCGAACUGCACAGUACAGAGGGAACAUCUGCAAGCGAUCUGACUCAAAAUGAGAUAACCACAUGCUGACUGAAAGGUGGAGGGUAAUAGGAAGGAAAAAUGGUGGUUGCAAUCCACAACUAGCCGUUCCUUGGGGUGGUCCUUGAUUUUGUAAGGGUUGCUUGUGUUUUCAUUCAGGCAAGGCAUUUCUCCAUUGACAGGCAGAAUAAUUUUUGUAAGUAUUGCACAACGCUGCAGCAAAACUGUUGAUAUCUGAGAUGAGUGUACAUUUCCUUGCAAAGCCAAAACUGCUACUGACUUCAGUGGGAACAUCAGGUUGGGGAGGGAUGUAAGAGGGCCCUUAAAUUAGUUUAGAGAUGGGAAUACGACCAAUGGGUUGCAGGCUUUACUUCUUCUAUUCUCUUUAUGCGCCUUGUGACAGAGUGUGACCUAAGUGGUUCUUUUCCCAAUUUCAUAAUUUUUUUUUUUUUAUGACACUUUCUAUAGAUCAGCCCCAUUUUCAAAUACAUUAAAGGGGUAAAGAUUAAUUGUUCAAACCAAGAAAGGGUUCUGCCUAGGGGAAACUGCAAUGUAAGCAACGAAGACUAAAGUGGCGAAGUAAUACUAUUUCUCAUGCAGGGUAACUAAUAUCUGGAGUAGAUUAGUCAGAGAGCCAGUUGAAGCAGGAGGAGGGAGAGAGAGGCUUAUUAUAGAGGACUGGAGUAGGAUGUAAAAACAAGAAGUUGGAAUGGGGUGAAUUAAAAGCCAAGGUGGGGGAGGGAUAGCUCAGUGGUUUGAGCAUUGGCCUGCUAAACCCAGGGUUGUGAGUUCAGUCCUUGAGGGGGCCACUUAGGUAUCUGGGGCAAAAUCAGUACUUGGUCCUGCUAGUGAAGGCAGGGGGCUGGACUUGAUGACCUUUCAAGGUCCCUUCCAGUUCUAGGAGAUGGGAUAUCUCCAUUAAUUAAGGUAAUAUAUUUUAUGGUGAAAGAUGCUGUUAUUCGAUACUCAAAUUUAAGUCAACAGGGCCAAAAGCCCCUGCAUUUUGUUUGCAUGCAUCUAUAGUCCUCCAUCAUGUAUUUUUUCCUGCCCUUCAGCAAAAUUGUAUGUUACCUUUAAAGAGAAACAGCAAGGGAGUACAGCUUUAGAAUUCACUGAGAUUCCAUUAGUGCUCAUUUAAAGCUACAAAUGAUUAUUUUACAUAAACCAUGACAGGUACAUUAGCAAUCAGCUAAUGUAUUUCUAAAAUAUGUAGGGCUCAAAGUGUGACGCUAAUAUGUACUAAAGGAUUGCAAUCUAAGA